AUGGGUUGCUGUGGCUGUAGAGGUCGCACCUAUGUCUGCUGCACUCGCUGCGGUGGCUGUGGCUGCGGUGGCUGCGGUGGCUGCGGUGGCUGUGGUGGUUGUGGUGGCUGCGGUGGUUGUGGUGGCUGUGGCUGUGGAGGCUGUGGCAGCUGCACCACCUGCAGAUGCUACCGCGUGGGCUGCUGCUCCGGCUGCUGCCCCUGCUGCUGUGGCUGCUGUGGGGGCUGCUGCAGCCAACCCGUGGUCUGCUGCUGCCGCCGCACCUGCUGCUGCCAGCCGUGUUGCUGUAGCUGUGGCGGCUGCGGCUGCGGCUGCGGCUGCGGGAAGGGCUGUGGCUGCGGCUGCUGCCAGCAGAAGUGCUGCUGCCAGAAAAAAUGCUGCUGCUAG